UCCCAGUCCCGCUCUUGGCGCGGCCGGCAGUAGCCGGGGAAGGCGGCGGCAGGGAGAGGCGAUCGUGCCAGCCCUGCAGUGGCCGGACCCCUCGUGGGCGGCGCUGGCUACUGCUAUGUUUCAUUGCAUCCCCCUGUGGCGGUGCAACCGUCAUGUGGAGUCCAUCGAUAAGCGGCACUGCUCGCUGCUCUCGGUGCCCGAGGAAAUCUACCGCUACAGCCGCAGCUUGGAGGAGCUCCUGCUGGACGCCAAUCAGCUCCGCGAGCUGCCCAAGCCCUUUUUCCAGCUUGUAAAAUUACGAAAACUUGGACUCAGCGAUAAUGAAAUUCAGCGGCUCCCUCCAGAAAUAGCAAACUUCAUGCAGCUGGUGGAACUUGAUUUGUCUCGAAAUGAAAUUCCUGAAAUUCCAGAAAGCAUCUCCUUUUGCAAAGCACUACAAGUAGCAGACUUCAGUGGGAACCCUCUGACCAGGUUGCCUGAAAGCUUUCCUGAAUUACAGAAUCUAACAUGUCUUUCUGUAAAUGACAUCUCACUGCAGGCACUACCUGAAAACAUUGGGAACCUUUUUAACCUGGCUUCCUUGGAACUAAGAGAGAAUCUGCUGACAUACUUACCUGAAUCACUCACCCACCUGCAGAGACUAGAAGAACUUGAUUUAGGAAACAAUGAACUUUAUAACUUGCCAGAAACAAUUGGUGCACUUUUCAGUCUUAAAGAUCUCUGGCUGGAUGGAAACCAGUUAGCUGAAAUACCUCAGGAAAUAGGAAAUAUGAAAAACCUGCUAUGUCUGGAUGUGUCUGAAAAUAAAUUGGAAAGACUUCCUGAAGAGAUCAGUGGUCUGACUUCCUUAACAGAUUUGCUCGUUUCUCAGAAUUUACUUGAGGUGCUACCUGAUGGUAUUGGAAAUUUGAAGAAGCUGUCUGUCUUGAAGGUUGAUCAGAACAAACUUGUUCACUUGACAGAAGCAAUAGGAGACUGUGAAAGCCUUACUGAACUAGUUCUAACAGAAAACCAGCUGCUG